GGGAGAAGACUGCCGCUUCCGCGUCCGCGCAGGACUGACGACGCUGGGGCAAAAUGGACGAUAAGUUAAUAUUGGCUGUAUUUAAUUACCCGGAGCUGUACAAUGUCACUUUGCCGAAUUACCGCUGUACGGAGAGUCGGACAAAUGCCUGGAGAAGUAUCAGUAUCGAGCUGGGACUUACAACUGAGGAGUGCAAAAGAAGAUGGAAGAACAUGAGAGACAGGUACCUGAAAGAAGUUCGAAUGGAGAUCAAAAGCAAGAAGCAGGGAGAAAACCUACAAAGCAAAUGGAAAUACAGACAACUUAUGAACUUCAUCGCACCCUUCACCGGGUCAAGAAGCGGAGUGCAGGACAUCUGCAGUAACAACGAUGACAACCAUGACAAUCCUGACAACGAAUCUGGCAACACGGAAGGAGAAAGCGCUUUGUCAGAGGCAAUCAAGACACCGCAGACUGCUGCAAAGGUCCCCGCGAGUCUGCCUGACCUCAAACCGCAGGUGACAUUUGUAACACAGCUCCCUCCAGCGACUCAGGACACACAGAUGACCCCGCUGGCCGUUCUGGCCAAGAUACCAUCACCUCUACACGUUCCCACUGCCAGCAGCGCCAUCGUACGGAAGCGGAAACCGAUCCAAGAGCCGCAGUCACCGCCGUCCUCUCAAAAUACGCCCUCGCCAACAAAAUGGCUGGUCAAAGACAAUAUCACUUCUUUUCCCACCAAGCCGCGGGACGAGGAUGAACUGUUUCUGCUGAGCUUUGUUCCCGCUCUGAAGCGACUCGCUCCACAGAAGAGGUGUGAGACAAAAAUAAAGAUCCAGCAGAUCAUGUACGAAGCAGAGUUCAAUGUUACACAGCCAGAGUCUCAAGAGAAAAAGGUGGAGACAGAAACAGCACAAUAAUUACAUUUAUUUUUUUUACUUUAUUGUAUUUUUUUUUAUAUAAACCUCUACCACAAAAUGAGCAAAAUAUCUAUUUUUUUCUUCAGAGUGCAAAGUGGUAGACA